AUGGGAAAAGCUGCGGUGACGAUCACAAUUGCCUGCGCGGCUGCGACAUGCGCGGCCGUGGCGGCGGCAUUCUUCGUCAACAGGCGCUUGCGGCAGCGGACGAGCUGGAAGAGGGCGCAAUGCAUCGUCGACGAGUUCCGCGGCGGCUGCUCCACCCCGCUCUCGCGGCUGCGGCAGAUUGUCGAUAACAUGGUCGUGGAGAUGCAUGCCGGGCUUGCGAUCGAUGGCGGCAGCAAGCUCAAAAUGGUUCUAAGCUAUGUGGACAAUCUCCCGACUGGGAACGAGGAAGGCCUGUUCUACGCGCUCGACUUGGGAGGGACGAACUUCCGGGUGCUCAGAGUACAAAUGGGUGGCAAGGAGAAGAGAAUCAUGAACCAGGAGUACAAGGAAGUGUCCAUACCUCCCAAAGUUAUGGUCGGCUCCAACGAGGAUUUAUUUGAUUUUAUUGCCACAGAGCUAGCAAGCUUCGUUGCCAGCGAAGGGGAGGGCUUCUUUCUGCUUCCAGGACAGCAGCGGGAGCUGGGAUUUACGUUCUCGUUUCCCGUGAAGCAAACGUCAAUCAACUCCGGGACGCUCAUGAAGUGGACGAAAGGUUUCGCCAUCGCAGAGACGGUUGGCAAAGACGUUGUCGAGGAAUUGCAGGGGGCAAUGCAUCGUAGCAACGUAGACAUGCGAGUUGCGGCUCUGGUGAACGAUACUGUGGGAACGUUGGCCGGGGGAAGAUACGAGGACGAUGACGUUAUGGUAGCGGUAAUACUGGGCACCGGAAGUAAUGCCUGUUACGUGGAGCGAGCGGACGCGAUACCAAAGUGGCGAGGCCCGUUACCAGCCUCUGGAUCCAUGGUCAUCAAUAUGGAGUGGGGAAGUUUCACGUCGGCCCACCUUCCAAAGACUGAGGUUGAUGACGCCUUGGAUGCCGACAGCGUCAACCCAUGCGAUCAGAUAUUCGAGAAGAUGAUAUCUGGAAUGUACCUGGGUGACAUUGUGAGGAGAGUGUUGUGGAAACUGGCUGCCGAAGCGGCAUUCUUUGGAGGAAAGGUACCUUCAAGGCUCGAAGUCCCUUUUAUUUUGAGGACUCCGGAUGUGUCUGCAAUCCACGCCGAUCAAUCCCCGGACCUCAAGGAAGUAAUCCGGGUUUUGAGAGUGGUUUUCGGGAUCCAAAGCUCGACGUUGCAGAUGCGGAAGGUGAUCAUGGAUGUGUGUGACAUCGUCGCAGAGCGUGGCGCCCGGCUGGCAGGCGCCGGGAUUGUCGGUAUCCUAAAGAAGAUAGGGAGGGACGGUGGAUCCUUGGCAAACAAUGGCGGGUUGGAGAACCACUCGUACGCGGCGACGGAGGAAAGGAAGAAGACGGUGGUGGCGAUGGAUGGUGGUUUGUACGAGCACUAUCCCAAGUUCCGGGAGUAUCUCAAGCAGUCAGUGGUGGAGCUGAUUGGCAAGGAGGCGGCAGAGCACAUAGAGUUGAGGCUAUCCAAGGAUGGGUCUGGGAUUGGAGCUACGUUGUUGGCUGCGUCCCAUUCUUCGUUCGUCGCGGAACAGGAGUAGAAUGAGGAGAGAAUGAAAUAAAAGGAGGGGGGAGUGCGCGGACGAAGAGAGGCAAGUUUGCCGCGAUAAUGCUGAUAAAUAUACCCAGAUUGUGGUGUAUGCGUUAGCAAGGAUCCUUCUCUGGUUUAACCGUAAAUCUCCAGGUACAAGGUUAUAAUAUAAAAGUUUUUGAUAUCUGUUA